AUGGCGUCACCAGGUGAGCCGCUUGUCCAUGACGACGCCCAGGUAGCGGACGGAGAGUUGCCACUCGAGUUCUGUGCCGUAAAACCGGAGUUGGCGGCAGGGCAUACUAUGCUUCCAGGUGAAGAUAAUAGACUGCAUCUUCCCCGGGUUGAAACUAAUCCUCCGUUGGGCAGCCCAGUCUUCCAGCGCAUUGCAGGCACUCUGAAGUCGCGGAACAAGGACUUCCCACCAUCGACGUUGUCGACGGAUUUCGACUUCCUCCUAUUGACCAUCGUGCAAGAGGGCUACGAGAAGGCGGAGGAGAUGGAUGUGUGGACGGAGGCAGAGGUGGAACGUGAGCGGCGCGAGAUUAUGGAGGAGGUCAUGAAGAAGAUGACCGUCUACUGGAACCGCCGACAAACCACCUUCCAGGAGGUUCAGGCGCUGAGAAGACGCUGCGACGUGCGCUUCAAGAUAAUGGAGGCCCAGAGACGAAUGACCGAAAAUUUAGUAGACGAAGUUCGGAUUGCUGCUGGACGCAUAGUCAAUAAUACUGCAGUGUACGAGCCCUUUCUGUUCAACCUCAUCAUGCAAGGAAUGCUCCAGCUCACCGAACCAGUGAUGUGCUUGAAAGUCAGGCGUCAAGACUUAAGAAUGGUAGAGCACAUGCUGCCCCAGCUGUAUAAGGAGUAUAAGGAAAGAGUGGGCCAGGAAGUGCAGAUCAAACUGAUGUCGUCAGAGUUCCUGCGACCAAACAUCCUGGGUGGGGUCGUCCUGACGAACGACCGACGACAUAUCCUCAUUGAAAACACACUCAACACCCGAGUCCAACUUGUCUGCUACAAACUCAUGCCCAAAAUUCGUGAUUAUUUGUUCGGCAGGAACGUCAACAGACAGCACGAUGAUUGA